AUGGCGGCCAUCCCUCUCAAGGAUAUCGUGCAGGAAUGGCUUCGUCUCGACAAGAAUCAAGACACGCGCAACGAGAUUGAACGUCUGUGGAACGCGGGAGACUCUGUUGAAUUGGAGCGGCGGUUGAGGAAUGGUAUUGAGUUCGGGACGGCAGGCUUACGGGGGAGAAUGGAAGCGGGCUUCUCCCGCAUGAACGACCUAAUCAUCAUACAAGCCUCCCAAGGCCUAUGCCAAUACGUCUUGCGGACCGUCGGAAACGCUGCAGAGCGAGGGGUGGUUGUCGGACAUGACCACAGACACCAUUCCGAGAAAUGGGCACAAUUGACCGCUGCGGCGUUUCUCAAGAACGGUGUCAAGGUCUACCUCCAUGAAGGCCUCGUGCACACACCGUUGGUACCGUUCAGCGUGAAGAAGCUGGGUGCUGCCUGCGGUGUCAUGAUCACAGGUGGGGUAAUCUCCUACGCAUAUGACGAUAAUGGCUACAAGGUCUACUGGGAGAAUGCGGUCCAGAUCAUUGAACCUCACGACAAAGGAAUAGCAGCAUCCAUCAAGGCCAAUCCCGAACCUCAGACGUGGGACUUCCAAUCCACUCAGUCCUCACCACUCUGCCUCGACCGGACCAACGAUAUGCGGGAAGCAUAUUUUGCACAUCUUGCCUCCCUCUGUCUCAGGAAAUCUCUUAAUGGGAGUACCCCUGUCAAGUUUGUCAAUACAUCAAUGCACGGCGUUAGCCAUCCUUUUGCAACACGAGCUUUCGAAGUAUUCGGGCUCCCCGCUUUCGUACCCGUGGAGGAGCAGCGACUCCCGGAUCCGGACUUCCCGACGGUCAGAUUCCCGAACCCUGAGGAGAAGGGCGCUUUGGAUCUGGCGAUGAGCACCGCAGACAAGUGUAGUGCUGGCUAUGUGCUCGCGCAGGAUCCUGACGCAGAUCGCUUCGCGGCUGCUGAACGAAGACCAGACGGGAAGUGGGCCCAAUUUACUGGUGAUCAGCUUGGCGCGCUCUUCGCAAGUGCUGCUUUGGACCGCUACAAAUCUUCUGGCAAGCCGUUGGCGAAACUUGCCAUGGUUGCGUCUACAGUGAGUUCGAAAAUGAUUGAAGCUAUGGCACACACAGAGGGGUUCAAAUUUGUCGAAUGCCUCACUGGCUUCAAGUUCAUCGGCAACACCGCCCUGCAAUUGGUACAAGAAGGCUACGAGGUACCUUUCGGGUACGAGGAGGCGAUUGGGUUCAUGUUUGGCUCUGAGAUCAGGGACAAGGACGGUGUGGCCGCAACGGUGAUGUUCGCAGAGCUGGUCGCUUCACUAGAAGUGCAGGGCAAGUCGGCCAGUCAACACCUUCAAGAGCUAUACAAGCGCUACGGAUUCUUCCAAACGAGCAACAGCUACUUCAUCUGCAGCGACCCUCCGACAAUCCAGCAGAUCUUCACAAGGUUACGCAACUACGACGGAGCGGGAACUCCGGAGCGUCCAAGCUAUCCGAAGACGAUCGCAGGACUAACCGUCACGAGCGUGCGGGACCUCACGAUUGGGUACGACAGCUCGAAUCCGCCGACGUACAAACCCACGCUGCCGCUCUCGUCGGGCCAGAUGGUUCAGUUCAGGGCUGAGUCGCCGGCGAAGGGGACGAAGAUCACGCUCACCACGAGGACAAGUGGAACAGAACCGAAGAUCAAAUACUACCUUGAGGGUAGCGGCAAGGAUGAGGAAGCGGUGAGAUCACUCUUACCGAAGGUCGUCAAUGAGCUGGCCGACGAGUGGAUGGAAGCAGGGAAGCAUGGACUAGCUAGGGGUUAGGCCGAAAGUUGCUCGACAGGACGCUGCUGCCCUUGCCUGUCGUCCCAAUUUGAAUGGCGAGCAAUUCGAAUCGUCACACCAGUCAGAGAAGAGAAG